UUUUGCAUGGGCGCCAUGCCUCGCCCACGACAAUUGUUACAUAAAAUUAAACAACUUAAAACAACCAAACGAUAUCGCUUAAUUUCAUUUUGGGCGAGAUGUGGCGCCAUACUUAAAAUUUUAUUUUUAGAAGAAUAUGGCAUUCCGGAUUCUAUAAUAAAUGGUCAAAAUAUGAAAUAUUUCCUUAAAAAGACGAUAAGGGAAAUAAAAUACAAUUAUUUAAAGAGUUAUCUCAUAUUUGCGAACUGAAUUUAGUCGACUUUAUGCAUUCGAACGACACAAUUUUUUUAGACGGGAAACCCGUACUCUAAAAAUAGAUUAUACGUCUGUCAUACAAACGUCAAAAUUUCAAGCAUGGUGAAGUUGUACCUGGAUGUCAACAGCCUUUAUGACCCAGUGUUUUUGGACUAUAUAGAGCUCACGACUUUAUGAGAUAUGUUCAAUAUGGCAUAAUGCCUGGUCAUAAAAAAGACUACUUUUUGUGCAUACUUUGCUCAAAGAGAACAAAACCGUCAGACAGAAGAAAAAUAAAUCAGAACAUCAGGAAGUAUCUGCGAAGGAAAUUCCUUAUUGAGGCUCCUUCAGAAAACUCUGUAAUAUGCAACAGAUGCCGCCAUGUGUAUAGAACUGAAACACAAGAAACUAAAAGAUCAGAUGUGUGUACCCAUGUUGCAUGUACCUCAGUGUUAUCAUCAGAGGACCAAAACAAACAGAAGAGAAGCAUGUCAAGCCCACCAUCUGUGUCGCUUCCCCUGGCCUCCACUGCUAAAUCUCAUGCAUAUUGCUGUGUGUGCAAAAAGCCAGGACCAAAGUUGGUGGUUGUUGCAGCAGAGAGAAGAACAGCAGUUUUUGUUGAGAAAAAUAUUCUUAUACCACCAGGAAACAGAUGUUGUCCUGCUCAUUUGCAUGAUGGGAUGUUUACCAGUGAUGCUGUCAAACAACUUCAAACAACUGAAAAUUCUUUCGUGAAUCGAACAACUAUUACUGAUCUUUUACAGCAGAUGCGUUUAUUGUGUCAGCGAAAUGAAAAACAGUGUUUGGACUUCGAUGAUGCUAAAGCUCUGACAGACACAGACUACAAAAGUUUAUUAGGGAUCACCAAAGCAAACUUUCGAGAACUUUGUGACUCUGUGGAGGGUUUGAUCAAGAACACACCCGCCAGAAGCCUAACUACUUCUGUUGCCAUUUUUUUCUGUAAAAUGAAAACUGGACUCUCAAAUGUUAUUCUCUCAACUUUAUUUCGAACAUCCAAAUCCAGUUUGAGGAGAGCAAUAUCUGCUGUCAGGAAGGCUUUGUUAAUUAAGUUUGUACCAGAAAAUCUUGGUUUUACCCACAUCUCACGAGAAGAGAUCAUCAACAAACACACCCGACCACUUGCUCAGACUUUGUUUGGAAGUAUUGAAAAAAACCAAGUUAUCUUAGUUUUGGAUGGAACAUACAUCUAUGUAAACAAAAGUAACAAUUUUCACUUUCAGCGACGGUCAUACAGCAUCCAUAAAGGGAGACCCCUCAUAAAGCCAAUGGUGGUGGUUACAACAACAGGGUAUUUUGUGUCUAUACUGGGCCCCUAUUUAGCUGAUAGAAGUAACAAUGAUGCAUCCAUCCUCAGUCACAUUAUCAACAGCAAUGCUGAAAGUAUCCGCUCCUGGCUUAAUGAAGAUGAUGUAUUCGUCGUGGACAGGGGCUUCAGAGAUGCCCUGCCUUUGUUGGCUGAUCUAGGGAUACAGGCCGAAAUGCCAACAUUUUUGAAGGCUGGACAAAAGCAGAUGUCAACUGAGGAUGCCAAUAUGAGUCGGCUAGUGACAAAGGUGCGUUGGGUCGUUGAGUCAUCAAAUGCUCGUAUCAAGAGAUGGAGAUAUCUGGACCGUGUUUUGCCAACCAAUCAGAUCCCGAACAUAGGAGAUUAUGUAAGGAUCGUGUGUGCAGUGUCCAAUAAAUUCUCACCUCCAUUGAGCUCCUGUACCAGCAAAGAUGAGGAUGAUGCAGAAGCUGCUAAAAUGCUUCAUCUGUCCAAGCAGGUUAAUCACUUGAAGACGUUUGUUGAUGAGAAUGGACUGCAGAGGAAAACUGCUGUAUGGAAAUCGGCCUCAGAAGUAGAUUUGGAAUCGUUUCCUAGACUUGACGAUGAGGAACUCAGGAAUCUUACCUGCGGAACAUAUCAACUGAAGUUAUCGUCUAGUUAUAUGCAGGAGCAUUUGGAUGGUGAGAGUGACAUUUACUUCCAUGAAGAGGACAACACACUCCUCAGAGCAAAGAUCCAGAGUAGACAUAUUUCGUCCAAGAAGUACCAACUUUGGAUCCAUUAUAGUGAGAGUACAGUGGAAUCUUGGUACUGCACAUGUAGAGCAGGAGCAAGAGUUGUUGGGAUGUGCUCCCACAUUGCAGCAGUUAUUUGGUACCUUAGCAGUGCAAGGUAUGGUAGUGAUAAAUCAUUGGGUGUGAGAGAUUGGUGCAAACAUGUCUUGGAUGCAGCUGAUAUUCCAGCAAGUGUUGAUGAGUCUGAUAGUGAUAGUGGUGAAAGUUUGCCUGAAGAAUGAUUUUUAUGAGUGUACAUGUGCAUGUAUGUGUGUUCGAGUGCCAUGUGUGAUUGUAAUUUGAUUUAUUGUUAAAAGCAUGUACAAGGAUAUCUUGGUGGUAGCUCAAUUGUUGUUGAAUAAAUACAGUGCAUUGUAACAUGACUUGUAGUUAAUACAUUUACUUUAUUGAUGUAAUUAUACAUUUCUUGUCAGGGUAUUUAACUUGUUUCUUCAAUGAACUAACUUUGAUUCUGCUAACUUAAUUAAUUUGUCAUGCUUUUUAAAAAUGGUUUAUAAUAUUAUGCCAUAUACAUGUAAUGAUUGCAUUAAAUAAUUGUCUUGAAGAAUAUAAAUGUGCAAUGUAAAAAAGUAAUUGUACAUAUAAUGCAUAUGUAUAAAUAAUUAUGCAUUCUUUGAAUUAUCUUCAUAUAAUUAAAACUGUGCAUUCUGAAUAUUGAUCUCAAUUGUAAAAAUGGUAUUGUAUGGUGUAAAAUGUUCAGAAUUGAU